UGGUGGCCGUUACAAACUUUUUGAAAUGAAACAUAGUUUUGCGAUCAAAGCGUAAAAGCAGCUUUAUAUUAGAUUUAAAAUUCAAUCAAAAGCUCUAAAACGCAUUUCCAAUAUUCAAGGAAGAUGUAAGUUAGUGAACUGGAACUGAAUUUGUCCUUAGGCUGGUGUACAAUGUCUUCUGAAGUUCGUGUUGAUGAGAAUUGGGAUGUGGCCUCGAGCAGCGCCUCUUCAUCUACCAACCAAGGGUCAGGAAAAUGCAUGUUCUGUGACAAAAGAUUGUGUCGAAAGGAAUUGUGACAAUGUUAGUGACUCUCAAGAAACAAACAUAUCAGAUUCACAAUUGCAAGGCACUGAAAUGUCCGGCACACAGAAGUUACAACAACAAAGUAAUGCAGUAUUAGACUCGCAAGAAACUGUCAUGUCUGAUUCGCAAGAAACUGUCAUGUCUGGUUCGCAAGAAACUGUCAUGUCUGAUUCGCAAGAAACUGUCAUGUCUGAUUCGCAAGAAACUGUCAUGUCUGAUUCGCAAGAAACUGUCAUGUCUGAUUCGCAAGAAACUGUCAUGUCUGAUUCGCAAGAAACUGUCAUGUCUGAUUCGCAAGAAACUGUCAUGUCUGAUUCGCAAGAAACUGUUAUUUCUGAUUCGCAGAGCAUUCUGAGAAGUAUUCCUGGUAAUUCUGAGCCAUCCUGUUCAAGCCAAGCUGCCACUUCGUGCAGUGACGAGACCAUAUCAAAGCCAUCCACUGAACCUACUGUGUUGAUUGAGGAAGAUGAGUCUUCAAACAAUAGUCAGUCCCUUCUCCCCAGUCGUCAUUUGUCUGAUGACAAAUCAGUUGUCGAUACGGCUCAAAUUGUGUCAUGUGAUUCACUACCAAAAGUCCUGUUGAAUUCUGUUGUUGAGGUAGAAUCUGUUUCAGAAGACAGCCAGUCUCUGCUCCAACCACAAGGGGCUAAAGCGAGUCUAAGUUUAGCGAGCAAUGCCAUUGAUAUUGGAGUAAAUUCCCUUUACACACUGCAAGCCCAAGGUAAUUCUGAUGAUACUCAGAACUGUUCGCUUCUGCAGCCAAACAAAAAACGGAAGGUUCAGAUGGAUACUCAGCAGUGCAUGGACCACAUGCACAGUCAAAGUGGUGCACAAGUAUUAGUCAAUCCAGCGGCAGUGACCUUUAGUUCUAAAGAUCCAAACAGGGGGUUCUACCCGAGGAGAAACCUGUCUAAAUCUUUUGGUAGUGGAUUUGUACCUGCAAGUAGUUUGAACCAAGUAAAGUUGGUCGAGCCCUUGUCACAACCUGAUCAAUCUAAACAGCAAUUGGACUUCCCAGCGUCCUACACGUCAUAUGGAACUAAAAAGAAAGCAGUGCCAGACACCACAAAUAACUCCAUAUUAAAUUACUUUUCUAAAUCAGAUAAGAAGCCGAUAGGCAGUAGUGGUGAUAAAGGUUAUUCUCAUCAAUCUGAAACUGGUUGUCAAGGAGAUGCUAGUGCAGCGUUUCAAACUAAGGCAGAGUCUCCCGCCGGUGGAGAUAAUGCGUUUACAACUCUCUUGGCUGGGGCGGGCCGGAAGACACAGGGGAGUAAUUCCACCAAGAGGUCAAGCAGAGGAAAGGCCAAGAAACCGGCUGGUUCAUUGUCGUCAUCUCAGAAAACGUCUGCAUCAGUCUUCUCUUGGAAGCAGUCAUCGUUUGGUACGGACACAAUCGACCUAACCGAGGAUGGUAGUUCAGACGAUAGUUUGGAUGCUGCACUGUCGGAGAGUAACGCAUAUGGCCUUGUCGGUGACGAGAUGAAAAAUUACAAGAGCCCUACGAAUGCGAAGAGAGAGACGAGGGUCCUGUCUCGAGCCGAAGAUAUGGAUUACUUUUCCAUACUCCCAGUCCACGUGAUUGAGAAUAUCUUCUCCCAGCUGCCGAUGUUGGAUCUGUGUCUGAACAGCAAUCGUGUGUGCUUGAUGUGGAAUGAUAUCAUAUCGGAUGAAAAGUUUGUUCCUUGGAAGAAAUUGUACCACAAAUUGAAGAAGAAUGUUGGUGAGACGAAAAAGGAAGUUGAAGACUUGAUGAAUGAGAAUGGCAUGGCUCACCCAACUGACUUUCUUGAAGGACUGAUCAGGUACAUGAAGGAUUUCAAACCAACAACAGCCAAAAACAUGACCAGCUGCCUGAAGAAACACCCCAAGUACUUCUGGGCUGAAGAUCUGAUUAAGGAGAGGAUCCAGGAGUGUAUCAUCAAUGAGGAGCUAAACCCAUGGUGUGUUGUCGCUGUCCUUGUUACCCUGUCUGAGGACGUGUGUGAUAUCCAGAACAUCAUCAGGAAUCUCCUUGCCCCACUCUCCCAGUGCACUGCCAUUGAAGUACUCGAAUGUCUCUACUGUAUUGCUACAUUCCUGUUUGCAUUCACCUUGGUCAGGAGGCAUGCAGUAUGGCAUGGGAUGCAUUACAGAGUGUACUACGCUUUGUACCUCCAUGAGAACAGCUCAAUCACCAGCAUCGGUCAGUUACAGAAUGCAUUUACAAAUUACAAGGGUCAGCAGACGAUCGUGAGAUAUCAGAAUGCUAUGAGUGGCAUCAGAAUGACCCAUGAGCAGCUGAGAAUCGUCAACCACAAUGUCUUGCCCGGACAAAUUAUCAAAAUUGUCGCAUUUGCCGGAACGGGAAAAACGACCACCCUUGUCCGCUACACUCAACUUCGUCCAAGCCUCAGGUUCCUACUUGUUGUCUUUAACAAAGCAGUGCAAAUUCACGCCAAGACCCAGUUCCCUGCCAAUGUGGAGUGCCGCACGAGCCAUUCGUUAGCGUUCCGAGCUUUUGGGAGGAAAUACCAAGCUGCCAAGAAGCUGAAUACAUAUGCCUUGAAAGUCUUCUCAGUUGCGAUGAACCUACCCAAGAGGGAGGAAGGAGGAAAUUCGUUCAUCCGAGGAAAGUUUGCCUUGGAUACGCUGCAGACGUUCAUGGCCUCAGCAGACGACUUUGUCACGUCUGCUCACGCUCCACAUGAGAAAAUGGAUGAAAAAGUGGGUUGCAAGAUUCCGCUGACACAUGCAGAGAAAAUGAACUAUGCCAAAGAUGCCGAAUAUCUCUGGAAAAAGAUGGUGGAUCUCGAUGACAAGACGAUCCGGAUGACACACGACGGCUACCUGAAGCUCUACCAGCUCUCGAAGCCCAAACUGUAUGAGUAUGACUGUAUACUCGUGGAUGAAGCCCAAGAUCUCACGCCUGCUGUAGCCGACAUCUUCCUUUCCCAAACCCAGGCCAAGAUUCUGGUCGGCGAUCCCCGGCAGCAAAUAUAUUCAUUCCGUGGGGCAGUCAAUGCCAUGGUGCAGGUAGAAGCCACCAAGAUAUUCUACCUGACUCAGUCGUUCCGAUUCGGUCCCGAGAUUGCGUAUGUGGCAAAUUGCUGUAUGGAUACGUUGCAUGGUGAGAAGCAGAGGACAUUGGUGGGCAAUGGGAUACCAGGAGGUGUGAAGGGAGACACUGUCGGACAAAUCGCCAUUAUCGCUAGAACGAACUUCCAUCUAUUUGGUGAGGCUGUCAAGCGAUGUUGCCACUGCCCUGAGCCAAUAAAGGCAGCAUUCAUCGGUGGAACAGACAACUUCGGCUUCGAUAUGAUCCUGGACAUUCACACGUUAUUACUCCCAUUAGAUCAACGUCGUGAGAUCAAGAACAAUUUCAUCCAACGAUUCGCGUCGUUUUUCGAGCUUGAAAAGUAUGCAGAAAAAACACUUGAUUCUGAACUUUUGGGUAAAAUCAAAAUUGCCAAAUGCUACCAGUCAAAUUUGCCAACUUUGAUCCAAAAGAUCAAAACUCGGUGCAUCAGGGAUCCUGACUUGGCUGAUUACAUCUUCACCACCGCUCACAAGGCCAAAGGGCUGGAGUUCAGCACAGUGCAGUUGACUGAUGAUUACGUCGGCCUCCCGCAUGGUUCCAUCAUGAGCCAGAUCAUGUCUGUAAGUCAGGAUGAGGGGAAUCUGUUGUACGUUGCGGUGACGAGGGCGAAGAAGCGUUUACUUCUGACAGACACACUCCUCGCCCUGCUGAAGCUUUGCGGGGAAAAGUUUGAUUAUCCCAAGCAUACCAGCCUCGUGAAGGAGGAUGAUAAGCCACUCAAGUCGUUCCAGACAGAUACAGAAAUAACACCAGGGCCUAUCUGUUUGGUGAGGUCAGACAUCAAGAAGUCGAACGCUGUUACGAUUUCAGGAGGGGUAUGGAACCCAGAACUUAUCAAACAAGAUCAUUUGGAGUUUGCAGGACUUCUUGGGGAGUUACAAGUUGAGGUCAAAAGUCUUGAGUACCACUGAUCAGAUCUGUGAAACUCACUUUGUCCUGAAACACGAACAGUAUGUGUCUUUUCCUUCAAAAUAGGACUGUGACAAUGGUUUGCAGCUGAUCAGAGCUGGUGACAAUCGCUCUGUCCUCUCGCUCUGUCGGUCUGAACGGUAUCUAUGUGUCUGGGAUACAUGUGUGACUCUGGUACCCGCAGGACUGCAAUAUUAAUAAGUGCUUUAUGGUAUAGACAUAACCUUGCGCAUUUAGAGGCUUUCUCGGCUUGUUCGUCUUUUAUAUCAUUGUCCUUGUAGAGAAUCAAGGGCAGUCCAUUUUACAAUGUUGUUAGUGAGUGAAGUCUUCCAGAAUUAAGGUCUGAUUAUCAUCGUGGUUUUGCUGUCUUUACUCUACUUGUGAUUGAGUACAUUGGUAUUAUUGCCUGUUAAAAACUGCUGGUAACAACACAAUUAAACCAACGCCUGUAAAGUAAAAGCCA